AUGUCCAGCACGCUCUGGGAGGAGCAGCGUGUUGAAGCAGCGGAGAAGCCUGAGCAAAAAUCUCAGCAAGUGCCUGUGCAGAAACGCAGCAGCCCACCACCAACUCCCAGCAAGAAGUCCCCGGAGACGAAGGUUCCCAAGACCCAGGAGCUCACAGUACCCACAGAGGCUCCUCCUAAGAUGCCUGCUGUUACUGCUGUAGCUACUCCUCAGAAUGCCCCGGCACCGACCAUGCCGACACCUGCACUUGCAGACCCGGCUGCCCUGUUUGCGUCUUUCAUGGCUUUCAUGCAGCAACAGCGGCAAGUCCAGCAGCAGCCCAUGUUUGCAGCACCACCGGCACCACCUUGCAGUUCCUUCCUGACACCUGAGGCAAAGCAUGCUGUGGCAUCCCCGCUUACCAGAGAAGCAACUCGGGAUACACCACCUUCUGAGGCUGCUGAAGCUGAGGCUAAUGAUGCUAAUGAAGAAGAUGAUGAAGGGAGGGAAGAGGAACAAGAGGGUGAUGGAGCCGAUGUGAUCGUCAUGCCUCAUGGUUCCAAAGUUAUCAGUCACGAUGCACUGCGAAUGAGACUACGAAGACUCUGUGAAGUCAAGCCCAAGAGCAAGAAGUGUCACGUUGAUGUCAAGACACAUGACAUGUGGAAAAACGGAGGUGAAUCCCGAGAAUGGCUUGAGAUUGCCUUGACCGAGACACUUGACAAGAUGGGUCCAUCUCAAAAGGGGCAGCACAAGAAGCUCCGUGUUUCUUGGAUUGACCAAUACAGGGACGCCAUCAAGUCGAUCGUCCAGUACUGCGAGCGAUUUCCAGCUGCCCUCGUACGGUCUUGGAAAUACAACAACCGGGUCAAAGAGUACUUUGUCGAAACCAACACGAAGCAAACGGUGCGUCAGACCGAGAUGCAGAAACGAACUGUACAGGAGCUUUGUGAACCUAUUCAUGCUCCUGGUGGACCCCUGCAACUUGUUGACGAAACUGGCAUGACUCCGGAGCCAGAAAAGAUGGGAGACAAGGUCUUGCCAGACUUGGUCAAGUUCAUGGAUAACGUCCACCAAAAGAUGAUGACGGUGCACAGGAUGAAUGGCCAGCUAGAGAUUACAGAGCUGACCCACAUCAACGACCGCCUCACCGAGAGCUUCAAAUUGCUUGCAGGGCUCAAGGCGGAGAUCUCUUUGAUGGAUGAAGGUGCUGACAUCAGUCCUCAGUUGCCAGGCAGCAUUGAUAGCAUGGAUCGAUGUGCCAAGCCAGCGGUGAUGAUGAAGCCCCCAACCUUUCCUGAGGUAAACCAGGCUGCCGCAACGUAUGUGAUGGUGGUGAGUCCGUUCAGGUUGAAGGGCAAGAUCUCUUUGACCAAAGAUUCAGCGAAGAAACCGUGCGCAGAUUUGAUUGCCCUGGACCCGCGCUUCAAGUUGCAAGUUUUGGCUGACGCCAAGAAGCUGAAAAGCGGCAAGGAGCCGAAGGAGAAGCCUCCUAAGACUGAGAGAGCUGUUGAUGGCACAGGUCCCUCUGAUGCUGCCGUGGAUCUCGCAUGGAGCUAUGCUCGUGGUGCCACUUGGCCAGAAGCGGGCGCCAUGUCCACGAGCAAAGCCCCAUGCAAUGACAUCAUCAAGAAAGCCACUUCAACUGUGGAUUAUGACCAACGUGAUGGUGCGAAGGCUGCCCCAUGUUGCCCUGUUCUUCGUGAUUUGUACAAUGCCCCGGAGAAACAUGCCGAAGACAUUGUGUCCAAAGUCUUUGGAAAGCAUGGGCUGCGCUUAGAUGUGAAGCUCUCCUAUGGAAAGGUUGGUCACGAUCAUGCAUUUCCCUAUAUCACCCCGGAGUCCUUGGUCCAAACGUUGGAGAGGCACGGCAAACUCUUUAAGCUGCUGGGAUUCGGAAGGGAAUUUGACACCCUAUCGAAAUGUGGAGACAAACUGGAGAAGUUCUGGUCAAUGUACCGACCCCUGCACCCAACCAAUGAAUUCUUCAAGCUGGUUGAUCAGGGGGCUAUGAGCCCACGUUGUUGCGUUCCAAUUUACUUUCACGGUGAUGAAGGAACCACAUACAAGAAGGAGGACUACAGGGACAACAGUGAAGCCUAUCGCCAACUCUUGGAGCUUGUGGUGCGGUCGGUGGAUGAAGCUUCUAGGUCUGAUAACCCACCAUUCCUGCAAACCUAUGGUAUGGAGAUUCCGUGGGAAGAGGAGGCUGUCUUCACGCGGGUGUUGAUGUGCGAGGCCGACAAGACCUUGUUCCACAAGAUAGAUUUGUUCCACACUGUGACACUUGGGGUGGGGAAGUCCUACGCAGCGUCUUGCUUGACUAUCCUUCAAGAGCUGAUGCCUGGAAGCAGCAUUGAGGAACGGCUGAGAGAACUGUCAUCCCUGUUCCUGGAGUAUUGCAGCGAACACGGCAAGACCAGCUAUGUACAGAAAAUUGAUCGGUCACUCUUGGGAUGGAUUGGCUCGGCAGAACCGACGGGUGGGUGGAGCAAAGGGGGGUUACUCUUGGUUGGCGGCAACCUGUCACAACAUGGGCCUAGCGAGAUUUCCUGCAAUGCCUAA